AUGGAGGCGAAAGAUGUCUCAGAGGCUGAAGACAGAGCUGAGGAUCCAGGUUCUAAAAAUAAAGGCCAGCCUGAUGCUGCACAACCUGAUUUCCCACCAGGAGGGCAGACCCCUGGCCCCACUGCCCUCUGGGACAUGCUAGAAAGGAAAUUUCUGGAAUACCAGCAGUUGGCUCCCAGGAGCCCAGCUGAGCAACAGAAGAGCCUGUUGAAUCUUCUCCCACUGUUCCUAAAGGCCUGGGAACACUCCGUGGGGAUCAUCUGCUUUCCCAGUCUUCAAAGACUGGCUGAAGAUGUUUCCAACCAGUUUGCCCAAGAAAUACAGAAGGCACUUGUGGGAAAGCCUGCAGAGCAAGCACGGGUAGCAGCUGGGAAGCUGCUGCGAUGGAAGGGAGAUGUGGACGUGGAUCAGGAUGGUUACCUACUCCUGAAGUCGGUGUACGUGCUCACGGGGACAGACUCCGAGACGCUGGGCAGAGUUGCUGAAUCUGGGCUCCCAGCCCUGCUCCUCCAGUGCCUUUACCUGUUCUUUGUUUUUCCUCUGGAAAAGGAUGAGCUUUUGGAGAGUGAUGUUCAAGUUCAGAGGAUGUUUGUGCAGAUGUUGCUCAACAUUUGCGGUGAGGCUCAGGGUCUGGAGGGACUUCUCUCAGGAAAUGAGCUCCAGUCUCUCAUGAUUGCCACGACGUGUCUUCGGGAGCACAGCUGCUUCUUUUGGAAGGAGCCCACCUUCUGUGUGCUGAAGACCAUCUCCAAGGCCCAGAACGUCGGCGUCAUCCAAUACCUACAGGCCAUGGAUUGCAUCAAGAUCUCCCUCCAAAACCUCUCCAGGCUUGUUGACACCCUCCCCGCUCCUGAGGUGAGCGAGGUAGUGAGCCUCGUCUUGGGCUUUGUGAAGGACUCCUAUCCCAUCUCCUCAGCUCUGUUCCUGGAGUUUGAGACUGGGGAGGGCUACCCUCUGCUGCUCAAAGUGUUACUUCGGUACGACGGACUGACCCAGAGUGAGGUUGACCCUCACCUGGAGGAGCUUCUCGGGCUGGUGGUAUGGCUGACAACCUGUGGGAGGUCAGAGCUGAAGGUGUUCGACAGCAUCACUUACCCGCAGCUGGAAGGCUUCAAGUUCCAUCACGAGGCUUCUGGGGUGACUGUGAAGAAUCUUCAGGCCUUUCAAGUCCUGCAGAAUGUUUUCCACAAAGUCAGCGACCCCAUCCUCUGCACCAAAGUCCUGUCAUCCAUUAGGACCAUGUGGACCUGGAACGCCCGCAACUUCUUCCUGCUGGAGUGGACCCUGCAGCCCAUCUCGCAGUUUGUGGAGAUUGUGCCCCUGAAGCCGACCCUGGUGCAGAGGCACUUCUUCCAAAUGCUGGAGGCCCUGGUGUUUGAGCUGCGUUACGUGCCCCAUGAGAUCCUGCGGAAGGUGCAGCGCCUGAUCCAGGAGAGCCCGGAGUCGCUCUGUACCCUCGUGGCCCUGCAGAGCAUCCUCAGGAUUGCUGGUGGUGACCCGCUCUUCACUGACAUCUUCCGGGACUCGGGGCUUCUGGGUCUGCUGCUGGCCCAGCUGCGGAAGCAGGCCAAGAUCCUCAGGAAGUCAGGAAACAAAGAGUUCAAUCCUGGAGUUCAAGAUACAGAAAGAGAACUGACUUGUGUGAUGCUGAAAACUGUGGUCACGCUUCUAAAAGGGUCAGUUAGGAAUGCAGUUGUCCUGAAAGACCACGGCAUGGUCCCCUUCAUCAAGAUCUUCCUGGAUGAUGAGUGCUACCGGGGAGCCUCACUCAGCAUCUUGGAGCAGCUCUCAGUCAUCAACGCCGAGGAGUACAUGAGCAUCACUGUGGGUGCUUUGUGCUCGUCCACUCAAGGGGAAAUACAGCUGAAACUGGAUCUCCUGAAGUCUCUGCUCCGGAUCCUGGAGACCCCCAAAGGCCGCGCUGCUUUCAGAGUCUCCAGUGGGUUCAACGGGCUGCUGUCCCUCCUCUCUGACCUGGAGGGGUCUCUCCAGGAGCCCCCACUGCAGACGUCGGGGGCAGUGUCCCCCAGCCAGACCCUGGACCUUGUCCUGCACACACUCUGUGCUUUGUCUGCUGCACUGUACCUGGACCCUGUCAACGGUGACUUCUUUAGGAGGACUGGGCUCUUUGAGAAGCUGGCCGAGGACCUCUGCUUGCUGGGCUGUUUUGGGGCCCUGGAGGAAGAGGACGCCCCUCCGCCCUCCUGUGAGGACACAAAGGCCAGGCCAUUUGCUGACCUGCUGAGUGCAGCCUUCUCCCCUGCCAGCCUGCUCCCACCCAAGAUCCAGAGCUGCCUGCAGAUCCUCAGCUUUCUGGACAGCAUGGCCCGAGGCACCCUCCACCUGCGAAGGGACCUGAAGGAUGCCCCGAGGACCAGGCAGGAGCUAGUGGUGGACCCUCAGAGGGGAGAACCUGGCUGUGACUCCCAGGGAAACUUCAAGCAGUGGCCAGACGCGGAAGAGAGGACAGAUGACAGUGAUGCUGUGAUCAUGCACCCUGGGGUCCUGUGCAUCAUGGUGAGGCUGCUGCCUCGCUUGUACCACGAAGAUCACCCUCAGCUUUCCAGGGAGAUCCAGUGCUCCAUGGCCAGUCACAUCCAGUCCCUGGUGAAGUCGGAGAAGAACCGUCAGGUCAUGUGUGAGGCGGGGAUGCUCAGGACCCUCAUGACUUCUUGCCACAAGGCCCUGACCACCAGCAGCAGCCCCUUGCACUCAGGCCUCAUCAGGAUUUUUGAAAAGCUUGCUUCCCAAGCCAUCGAAGCAGACGUGUUAAGACAGUUUCUAGGCCUUGGAAUUGCUUCACCUCCAUCGGCUGCAGUGAAAAAGCUCAGUUCAUCUCAUGUGCAUGGAGGGGACUCUGGAUGCCCAGGGUCACAGGCAGCGAUGCCAGUGCCUGCUGAGGGUUCUGCAGUGGCCCCCAGGGAUGCCAUCCCUCACUCAGCAAGCACACAGGCCCUCAGGCCCAUGGGGCCAUCCCAGAGCUCGACCAUCACCCUUCAGACAGCACUGAGCCUCAUCUCCAUGACCUCCCCCCGCAACCUGCAGCCUCAGAGGGCGGCCCUGGCUCCAUCCUUCGUGGAAUUCGACAUGUCCGUGGAAGGUUACAGCUGUUUGUUUGUUCCGACCCUGGCUACGGUGAUGGGAGCCAGUACUGAGUACUCGAUCUCCGGAGGGAUUGGGACAGGUGCUGCCAGGUCCUUCCCUCCACCUGGGGGCCUGACCUUCUCCUGCUGGUUCCUGAUCGGCAGGCACAGCGCAGCCAUGGAGGGCCAUCCACUGCGCUUCCUGACCCUGGUGCGCCACCUGGCCAGGACCGAGCAGCCCUUCAUCUGCUUCUCUGUCAGCCUCUGCCCGGAAGACCUCUCCUUGGUUGUGUCUACAGAAGAGAAAGAGUUUCAGCCCCUGGAUGUCAUGGAACCAGAGGAUGACCCUGAGCCCUCUGCGGGACGCCAGCUUCGGGUCAGGUGUGGCCAGCUGCUGGCUUGUGGUCAGUGGCAUCACCUGGCUGUGGUUGUCACCAAGGAAAUGAAAAGGAAUUGUACAGUUUUCACCUACCUGGACGGACAGGUCAUCGGCUCAGCUAAGAUGUUGUACAUUCAGGCCUUACCAGGACCAUUCCUUUCAAUGGAUCCAUCCUCAUUUGUGGAUGUUUAUGGAUAUAUUGCUACCCCUCGAGUUUGGAAACAAAAGUCGUUACUAAUAUGGCGUCUGGGCCCCACCUACUUCUUUGAAGAAGCCAUCUCAAUGGAAACCCUGGAAGUUAUUAACAAACUUGGCCCAAGAUACUGUGGUAACUUCCAGGCUGUGCAUGUCCAAGGAGAGGAUCCUGGUGUGGAAGUGACACCCCUGGUUGCAGAGGAAAAGGUUUCCUUUGGCCUUCACAUAGCCAGCUCCUCCGUCACCACUGUUGCAGACAUCAGAAGCACAUACAACGAGGUGGACAGCCGUCUGAUUGCCAAAGAGAUGAACAUUUCAUCCCGUGACAGUGCUGUGCCUGUCUUCUUGCUAAGAAAUUGUGCUGGUCACCUCUCGGGUUCUCUUCGAACCAUUGGAGCUGUUGCUGUGGGCCAAUUAGGGGUAAGGGUGUUCCACUCCAGCCCUGCUGCCAGCAGCCUGGACUUCAUUGGCGGGCCUGCCAUCCUCCUGGGCCUCAUUUCCUUAGCAACAGAUGACCACAGCAUGUACGCGGCUGUGAAAGUCCUGCACUUGGUUCUGACCAGCAAUGUCAUGUGUGACCGCCUGAUGCAGCACAUCUGUGGGUACCAGAUAAUGGCUUUUCUCCUGAGGAAAAAGACCUCUUUCCUAAACCAUCGCAUUUUUCAGCUGAUCCUAUCUAUCACUGGCACUGCAGAACUGGGCUUUGGGUCCUCUGUAAUCACCAACGUUGGUGUCUUUCAACACAUCCUCUGCAAUUUCGAGCUCUGGAUGAAUGCUGCUGACAAUUUGGAGCUCUCUCUCUUUUCCCAUCUAGUGGAAAUCCUUCAGUCAACGAGGGAAGGACCCCGGAAUGCUGAAGUUGCUCACCAGGCACAGCUUAUUCCCAAGCUCGUCUUCCUCUUCAACGAGCCAGGCCUCACCCCCUCCAAGAUGUCCACCAUCAUUGCCAUCCUGGGCUGUCAGCUGAGGGGCCACUUCAGCCUCCAGGACUUGCUCAGAAUUGGGCUAUUUGUGGUGUACACCCUCAAGCCUUCGUCGGUGAACGAGAAGCAGAUCUGUGUGGACGGAGCCCCGGACCCUUCCCUGCCCGCUGGAAGCCAAACAUCUGGAAAGACAAUCUGGCUCAGAAACCAGUUGCUGGAGAUGCUGCUCGGUGUAAUAUCUUCUUCCCAACUUCAUCUGUCCUCUGAGACAAAGGAAGAGAUGUUUCUGAACCUGGGGUCCGACUGGUUCCUGCUCUUCGUGCAGGGCCACGUGCACCCCAGCACAGUGGUGCUGGGCUUGAAGCUGCUGCUGCACUUUUUGUCAAGCCCUUCCCUCCGAGGGCGAUUUAAAGACGGCCUGCCUGCAGGCUCCUGGGUGGAACGCAGCUCCGAGGGCAUGGACAUCAUUAUGGAUAACCUGAAGAGCCAUCCUGCAACGCCUGACCAAAGCCCCUGCCUGCUUCCUGGGUUCCGGGUCUUGAGUGACUUUUUGGCCUACCAUGUUCAUAUUCCAGAAGUCUACCUCAUCGUGUCCACCUUCUUCCUACAGACACCACUUACAGAGCUGGUGGAUGGGCCCAAGGACAGCCUGGAUGCCAUGCUUCAGUGGCUCUUGCAUAAGCACCACAGGGAAGAAGUCCUCCGGGCAGGGCUGUGCCCUGAAGGCGCCCUGCUGCUCCUAGAGAUGCUGAAAGCCACCAUGAACCAGCCCUCGACAGGUUCUGGAGAUAGUGGCUGGGAACGGACAUUCCCAGCCAGUGUGUUGCAGUUCCUUGGCCUUGUGCACGGCACCUACCCCCAGGAUCCAGCCUGGCGGGCCCCGGAGUUCCUCCAGACCUUGGCUGCAGUCACCUUCCCCCUGGGAACCCAGAAGGGGGCCAUGACUGAGUCUGCCCAGAACCCCAGCAGUCCCGAGGCUGAGGCUGAAGGUGACACCACCGCAGAGGGUCUACAGGCUCCUGCCGAGUCACAUCCCACCCGGAAGCAGCUGAAGGAAUUCAUGCAGCUACUCUUGAGGGAGUUCUUGCUUGGGGCUCCAAACCCAAAGCAGUGGAUGCCCCUGGAGGUGCUCCUCGAGGCUUCUCCAGACAAUGCCACCAGUCAACAGAAGCGGGACUUUCAGUCUGAGAUCUUGCUUUCCACCAUGGAAAUAUUUCACUUGAUGAGUGGAGGUCAUGCAUCGAUGCUGAGAGGUAAUAGAGAGCCUCAGCCGAAUGCAGAAGCUGCUGCUGCUUCUUCACUUGCCAACAUCUCCCACUUCAUCCAAAAGCUGGUGGAGAAGCUGUACAGUGGAAUGUUCUCAGCAGACCCCAGACACAUCCUUCUCUUUAUCACGGAGCACAUCAUGGUGGUCAUCGAGAACGCCUCUUCUCAGAAGGACACUGUCAUCAGUGCUCUGUACAGCAGUUUAAAUAAAGUUAUUCUUUAUAGCCUCUCCAAGCCCCACCAGUCCCUCUCCGAAUGCCUCAGCCUCCUCAGCAUCCUGGGCUUUCUUCAGGAACACUGGGACAUUGUGUUUGCCACCUAUAAUUCCAACGCCAGCUUCCUCAUGUGCCUCAUGCACUGUCUUCUGCUGCUCAGUUCUAGAAGUUAUCCAGAAGGAUUUGGAUUGGAACCCAAGCCUAGAAUGACUCCUUAUCAUCAAGUCUUUCUUUCUCCAAAUGAAGAAACAAGAGAAAAAAGAGGGGAAGAAUUCCCAAGCUUGAGCGAUGUUCAGCACAAUAUCCAGAAGACCGUACGGACUCUCUGGCAGCAGCUCGUGGCACAGAGGCGGCAGGAACUGGAGGAUACCUUCAAGAUUGAUCUUUCUGUGAAACCUGGAGAGAGUGAAGUGAAGAUUGAGGAGAUCACCCCACUCUGGGAAGAGACAAUGCUCAAGGCCUGGCAGCAUUACCUAGCAUCUGAAAAGAAGUCAUUGGCCAGUCGCUCAAACGUUGGAUACCAUGGCAAAGUUUCUUCGUGGAGUGGAAGCUUGUCCUCAGCCAUGAGGCUGAUGCCUGGGCGGCAGACCAAGGACCCUGAGUGCAAAGCAGAGGACUUUUUGUCAUGUAUUGAGAACUACAGACGAAGAGGACAAGAACUAUAUGCAUCUCUAUACAAAGAUCAUGUACAGAGACGGAGAUGUGGCAACAUCAAGGCAGCCAAUGCGUGGACCAGAAUCCAGGAGCAGCUUUUCGGGGAGCUGGGCUUGUGGCAUCAGAUGGCAGAAGCCACACCCUGCUCCCAGUGGGACCUGGAUUGGAGAGAAGGACCAGCUCGUAUGCGGAAACGCAUCAGACGCUUAUCUCCACUGGAGGCCCCGAAUCAAGAAAUGCUCAAGGAAAGCCAAAAUAGAAAUGGCAGUGUUUCUCAAAUGAACACUGAAAACCAAGAUGAGCUGACACUGAAGGAAGGCGAGAGUGAGAGAGACGAGGUGGUGGACUGCACCCAGCUGACCUUCUUCCCCGCCUUGCGUGAAAGCCUGCACUCUGAAGAUUUCUUAGAACUAUGUCUGGAAAGACAAGUCAUCUUACAAGAGCUUCUUGAUCAUGAAAAGGUGACGCAGAAGUACUCCCUGGUCAUCGUGCAGGGCCACCUGGUCUGCGAAGGGCUCCUGCUCUUCGGCCAGAAGCACUUCUAUAUCUGCGAGAACUUCACGCUCUCUCCCGUGGGUGAUGUCUACUGCACCCGCCACUGCUUGUCCAACAUUAGCGACCCAUUCAUCUUCAACAUGUGCAGCAAAGACAGGUCCUCUGACCAUUACUCGUGCCAGCGCCACAGCUACGGUGAUCUCAGGGAGCUCCGACAGGCACGCUUCCUCCUGCAGGACAUUGCCCUGGAGAUCUUUUUCCAAAACGGAUAUUCCAAGUUUCUUGUCUUCCACAACAGUGAUCGAAGUAAAGUCUUCAAAAGCUUCUGCUCUUUCCAACCCAGCUUGAAAGGAAAAGGCUUCACGGAAGACACGCUCAAUCUAAGGAGGUACCCCAGCUCCGACAAGACCAUGCUGCAGAAGUGGCAGAAAAGAGACAUCAGCAACUUCGAGUAUCUCAUGUACCUCAACACCCUGGCUGGGAGGACCUACAAUGACUACAUGCAGUAUCCAGUGUUCCCCUGGGUCCUGGCCGACUACACCUCACAGACAUUGAACCUGAUGAAUCCCAAGACUUUCCGUGAUCUUUCUAAGCCCAUGGGAGCUCAGACCAAGGAAAGGAAGCUGAAAUUCAUCCAGAGGUUUAAAGAGGUUGAGAAGACUGAAGGAGACAUGACCGUCCAGUGCCACUACUGCACUCACUAUUCCUCAGCCAUCAUUGUCGCCUCCUAUCUGGUCCGGAUGCCACCCUUCACCCAGGCCUUCUGCUCUCUGCAGGGCGGAAGCUUCGAUGUGGCAGAUAGAAUGUUCCACAGUGUGAAGAACGCAUGGGAAUCGGCCUCCAAAGAGAACAUGAGUGAUGUCAGAGAGCUGACCCCGGAGUUCUUCUACCUGCCUGAGUUCCUGACCAACUGCAAUGCCCUGGAGUUCGGCUGCAUGCAGGACGGAACAACACUGGGGGAUGUUCAACUCCCUCCCUGGGCUGAUGGAGACCCCCGGAAAUUCAUCAGCCUGCACAGACAAGCUUUGGAAAGUGAUUUUGUCAGUGCCAACCUGCACCACUGGAUAGACCUCAUUUUUGGGUACAAGCAGCAGGGGUCAGCCGCAGUGGAGGCUGUUAAUACCUUCCAUCCCUACUUCUAUGGUGACAAAAUGGACCUCAGCAGCAUCAGCGACCCCCUCAUCAGAAGUACCAUCCUGGGGUUCGUCAGCAACUUUGGACAGGUGCCCAAACAGCUUUUUACUAAACCCCAUCCAGCCAGGACUGCUGCAGGGAAGCCUUCCCCUGGGAAGGACGUCUCCACACCUGCCAGCCUGCCUGGGCACCCACAGCCCUUUUUCUACAGCCUGCAGUCGCUGAGGCCCUCCCAGGUCACAGUCAAAGAUAUGUACCUCUUCUCUCUAGGCUCGGAAUCCCCCAAAGGAGCCAUCGGCCACAUCGUUCCUACGGAGAAGACCAUCCUGGCCGUGGAGACAAACAAGAUGCUGCUGCCUCCACACUGGAGCAGGACCUUCAGCUGGGGCUUUGAUGACUUCAGCUGCUGCCUGGGCAACUACGGCUCUGACAAGAUCUUGGUGACAUUCGAGAACCUGGCCGCCUGGGGCCGCUGUCUGUGUGCCGUGUGCCCGUCCCCCACGACCAUCAUCACCUCCGGGACCAGCGCAGUGGUGUGUGUUUGGGAGCUCAGCAUGACCAAAGGCCGGGCCACAGGCCUGCGCCUCAAGCAGGCCUUGUACGGACACACGCAGGCUGUCACAUGCCUGGCGGCAUCAGUCACCUUCAACCUCCUGGUGAGUGGCUCGCAAGACUGCACAUGCAUCCUGUGGGACCUGGACCACCUCACCCAUGUCGCCCGCCUGCCUGCCCACAGGGAGGGCGUAUCUGCUGUUGCUAUCAGUGACGUCUCGGGCACCAUCGUCUCCUGUGCGGGAGCCCACUUGUCCCUGUGGGAUGUCAACGGACAACCACUGGCCAGCAUUACCACGGCCUGGGGCCCAGAAGGAGCCAUAACCUGCUGCUACGUGGUGGAGGGGCCAGCGUGGGACACAAGCCAUGUCAUCAUCACUGGAAGUCAGGAUGGCAUGGUCCGGAUCUGGAAGACUGAAGAUGUGAAGACGUCUGUUCCCGGGCAGGCAGCGCCAGAGGAGCCCUGGGCUCCAUCAUCUCCAAGCCCCAGAGUUCACCGAUGGGAGAAGAAUCUUGCCCUUUGCAGAGAACUGGAUGUCAGUGUGGCUUUGACAGGGAAACCCAGCAAGGCCAACUCUGCAGUGACAGCUCUGGCCGUGUCCAGAAACCAGACCAAACUCCUGGUUGGUGAUGAGAAGGGAAGAAUAUUCUGCUGGUCCGCGGAGGGGUAG